CAUCCCCAUCCCCAAACACACACUCCUUCCAGUUCUUUGGUAACAGAAUGAUUCAAAUUCAGUGGCUUCUUCCUCCGCAACCACUCACUUCUUCUCUACACCACCACCGCCGGAGUCUUCUAUUCUCCUCCCGCCGACGGUCUCUACCUCCUAAGCCCUCCUCUACUCUUACCUUCUCCAAUGUUUCAACAAAGUACUUCGGGUUUCGAGUGUGUAAUUGUGUCAACAGUGAGAGAAUUACUGAAGAAUCAAAUGAAGUUGUUAAGGUCAGGGCAUAUCCAUUUCACGAAAUUGAGCAGCGGUGGCAGAAAUUUUGGGAUGAAAAUCGAACUUUCCGUACACCUGAUGACGAUGAACUUGACACCUCUAAACCUAAAUUUUACGUUCUGGAUAUGUUUCCUUAUCCAAGUGGAGCUGGUUUACACGUUGGCCAUCCUCUUGGAUACACAGCCACCGACAUUCUUGCUAGAUUUAAACGGAUGCAAGGUUUCAAUGUUCUGCAUCCAAUGGGAUGGGAUGCAUUUGGUUUGCCUGCUGAGCAAUAUGCCAUUGAGACAGGUACUCAUCCAAAGGUCACAACCAUCAAGAACAUUGACAGAUUCCGUACACAGCUUAAAUCUUUAGGCUUCUCAUUUGACUGGGAGAGAGAAAUUUCCACAACAGAACCUGACUACUAUAAAUGGACACAAUGGAUCUUUCUACAGCUUCUCAAGAGAGGAUUGGCAUAUCAGGCUGAGGUAGCAGUCAACUGGUGCCCAGCUUUAGGCACUGUGUUGGCAAAUGAAGAAGUGGUGGAUGGUGUUAGUGAGCGAGGUGGUCAUCCAGUUAUAAGAAAGCCAAUGAGGCAAUGGAUGCUCAAGAUCACUGCAUAUGCAGACCGACUUCUUGAAGAUUUGGAUGAUCUUGAUUGGCCCGAGAGUAUUAAGGAAAUGCAGAGGAAUUGGAUUGGAAGAUCAGAAGGGGCAGAAGUGGACUUUCAUGUUUUGAGUAAAGAUUGUCAAGUUACAGAUGCAAAAAUUACUGUUUAUACCACAAGACCAGAUACCAUAUUUGGAGUAACUUAUUUGGUGUUAGCACCAGAACAUCCCUUGUUAUCAUCCAUAGUAUCUGAGUCCCAACAAAAUAUUGUGGAUGAGUACAAAGAAGUUGCUUCUAGAAAGAGUGAUCUUGAAAGAACUGAGCUUCAAAAGGAGAAAUCUGGAGUCUUUAGUGGUUGUUAUGCUAAAAAUCCAGUCAAUGCUGAAGCUAUCCCUAUAUAUAUUGCUGAUUAUGUUUUAGGGAGCUAUGGGACAGGAGCAAUAAUGGCUGUUCCUGCUCAUGAUUCACGUGAUCAUGAGUUUGCGUUAAAAUAUAAUCUCCCAAUUCAUUGGGUGAUAACUUCAGAUGAAUGUUGUGAUGAUUUUGAAAAACCUUAUUCUGGUGAAGGAAAUGUCAUAAAUUCAUCAAGUUCAACAUCUGGGCUUCACAUUAAUGGAUUACAUAGUAAAGAAGCUGCUGUUGAAGUCAUCAAUUGGGUUGAGAAGACUGGAAAUGGAAAUAGAAAGAUAAAUUACAAGUUGAGAGAUUGGCUUUUUGCUAGGCAACGUUAUUGGGGAGAACCGAUUCCGGUUGUGUUCUUGGAUGAAAAUAGUGAAAGUGAAACUCUUCCAAUUCCGAUUCCGAUUCCGAUUCCGGAAACUGAACUUCCACUUACCCUUCCUGAGCUUGAUGAUUUUACUCCAACUGGCACUGGGGACCCACCACUUUCAAAAGCUGUGUCUUGGGUUAAUACGAUAGAGUCUUCUUCUGGAAAGCCAGCUAAGCGUGAAACAAACACUAUGCCACAAUGGGCUGGUUCUUGCUGGUACUAUUUAAGAUUUAUGGAUCCUAAAAAUUCAUCCCAGUUGGUUGACAAGAAAAAAGAAAUGUAUUGGAGUCCAGUUGAUGUUUAUGUUGGUGGUGCUGAGCAUGCUGUUCUUCACUUGCUUUACUCCAGAUUUUGGCACAAGGUUCUUUAUGAUAUUGGCAUUGUGUCGACAAAAGAACCAUUUAAAUGUGUCAUAAACCAAGGGAUCAUCCUUGGAGAAGUACAAUACAUGGCUUCCAAAGAUAAAGAUGGAAAUUUUGUGUCAGCAGAUUCCAUUCAUGCAUCAGGAGAUCAUAAGCAAGAAAGGAUACCCGAUGAGAAAGUUACUAAAUCCGGUGCUUCAUUCGUAUUAAAAGACAACCCUAACAUCAAGUUAAUUGCUCGGGCCCACAAGAUGAGUAAAAGUAGGGGAAACGUGGUGAACCCCGAUGAUGUUGUGUCCGAAUAUGGUGCAGACUCUCUUAGACUUUACGAAAUGUUCAUGGGCCCAUUAAGGGACUCGAAAACAUGGAAUACUAGUGGGAUCGAAGGCGUUCAUCGAUUUUUAGGAAGAUCUUGGAGAUUAAUUGUGGGGUCACCUUUAUCCGAUGGAACAUAUAAAAAUCAAACAUUGGUAGUUGAUGAAAAUCCCUCUCUAGAUCAACUUAAAUCGUUACAUAGAUGUAUUGAAAAGGUGACGGAUGAAAUUGAAGCCACACGAUUUAACACCGGGAUCUCUGCAAUGAUGGAGUUCGUUAACACUGCAUAUAAGUGGGAUAAACUUCCGAAAUCAAUAGUGGAACCAUUUGUAUUGUUGCUAUCACCAUAUGCACCACACAUAGCUGAGGAGCUAUGGUUUCGGUUAGGGCAUUCGACUUCAUUGGCAUAUGAGUCUUUCCCGAAGGCUAAUCCGGCUUACUUAAAAGACACCACAAUAACUCUACCGGUUCAGAUCAAUGGGAAAACAAGAGGCACUGUACAAGUUGAAGUAAUCUGCACAGAAGAGGAAGCUUUUAAAUUGGCUUCUCUUGAUCAGAAAUUAUCAAAAUAUCUCGAGGGCAAAAUCGUCAAAAAAAGAGUUUAUGUUCCUGGCAAGAUUUUGAAUGUCAUUUUGGAACGUGAAACCAACAAAGUUGCUUCUCGAUAGAGGUUUUAUGUUCAUUUUGGAGUGUGAGGAAUUUAAAUUUUGAAUUAUUUGAUUCUAACAGUUUUUUCAAUUAUAAACUAUGUGCACUUUUAAAUGGACAUUGUUGUUGCUUUUAGAAGUUUGGAUGGAUAUCAUCAGUUUGUAUCUGUAAUGUACAUGGCAAUAGAAAGAAAGAAAGCUGAUCUUCCAUUGACUUUUA